AGCACACACCGAGAAGCGGAGGCGACAGCAAUAUCAUAAGAGUUCAAGAACUGCGAGUCUAUAGGGAGAUCGUGAGAACAAAAUUAACCAAAAGCGAAAGCAAUCUUUAUCUCCGCUUGGCUCGACAUAGGGGCUCUCGAGUUCGCACACAGGGAACGAGCGGUUUGAGUCGUCAUGAUCUCGCAGUUCUUCGUGCUCUCGCAGCGUGGUGACAACAUUGUCUUCCGCGACUAUCGCGGUGAAGUACAAAAGGGAAGUGCGGAGAUAUUUUUUCGGAAAGUAAAGUUUUGGAAAGAGGAUGGGCAAGAGGAGGCACCGCCUGUCUUUAAUGUGGAUGGUGUAAACUACUUUCACGUGAAGGUCGUUGGAUUGCUGUUUGUUGCAACUACCAGAGUUAAUGUGUCACCUUCUCUUGUCUUGGAGCUUUUGCAAAGGAUUGCCCAUGUCAUUAAAGACUACCUUGGAAUUCUUAAUGAAGAUUCAUUGCGGAAAAAUUUUGUGCUUGUGUACGAGUUGCUUGAUGAAGUAAUUGACUUUGGUUAUGUACAAAUAACAUCCACCGAAAUGUUGAAGUCUUAUGUAUUUAAUGAGCCAAUUGUGAUUGAUGCUGCACGUUUACAAUCUCUGGGCCCUGCUUCCAUUUUCAUGCAAGGGGGCAAACGAAUGCCAGGAACUGCUGUGACAAAAUCUGUUGUAGCAACUGAGCCAGGGGGUAGGAUGAGGGAGGAAAUCUUUGUCGAUAUAAUUGAGAAAAUCAGCAUCACCUUUAGCUCGAGUGGAUAUAUACUGACUUCUGAGAUUGAUGGGACCAUUCAAAUGAAGAGCUAUCUCAGUGGAAAUCCAGAAAUCCGCGUAGCUCUUAAUGAUGACCUGGGCAUUGGAAAAGAUGGGAGACCAACAUAUGAUUACCGGAGUUCGUCUGGGUCCGGAGCAGUGAUAUUGGAUGAUUGUAAUUUCCAUGAAUCGGUACGUCUAGAUAGUUUCGACUCAGAGAAAACUUUGAGCCUGGUACCGCCAGAUGGUGAAUUUACUGUGAUGAACUACCGCAUGACUCAGGAGUUCAAGCCUCCUUUUCGUAUUAACACUUUGAUUGAAGAAGCAGGAGCCCUUAAGGCUGAAGUGAUUAUUAAAGUACGUGCUGAGUUCUCCUCAAGCAUCACUGCAAACACAAUAAUGGUUCUGAUGCCACUACCAAAAUAUACUUCCAGAGCUAGUUUUGAGUUGGAACCUGGAGCAGUUGGACAAACAAUGGAUUUCAAGGAAGCAAAUAAGAGACUUGAAUGGGGUUUAAAGAAGAUUGUUGGUGGAUCUGAACAUACUCUGCGUGCAAAGCUAACAUUUUCUCAGGAAUCACAUGGAAAUAUCACGAAAGAAUCAGGUCCCGUUAGCAUGACUUUCACAAUACCAAUGUACAAUGCUUCAAGGCUUCAGGUGAAAUACUUACAGAUAGCAAAGAAAUCUGGAACUUACAAUCCAUAUAGGUGGGUGAGAUAUGUUACUCAGGCCAAUUCCUAUGUUGCCCGUAUAUGAUGGAGCUAAAGCUUUCCCUUGCCCACUGUUUCCUUUUUUUUAUUUUUUUUUCCCCUUUUAUGGUGAUAUUUUUUCCAACUUAUCAUUCAAGUUGAAUUAUUUGUCGAA